UUUAUAAUGUGAUGUUUUGCACCACUCGCUCGCUGUGUUUCUCUCCACUCAGAGAUAGCAGUUAUUUGUUGACAUGAUUGCCCUGAAGUGCAUUCUGGGUCUUGUGGUCCUGGUGGCUGUCCGAGCUUGGGCUGAGGAGGAGGCUUUGACUACUUCAGAGCGGAUUGAGAGAGCCAACAGGGAUGUUGUCCGUUCUCCUGAUGAGCCGUAUGUAGAGGACGACGUUGCCUAUGAUUCUGAGGCAGAGAGAAAUGCUGACCCCUGCACGUCUCGUGGCUGCAUGUGGCCCAGGUCUGCCAAUGGGAUUGUCUACAUAGCUUACGUCAUUUCCAACGAGUACUCCCCUCGUGAGGUGUCAAUUAUCGAGCGUGGUCUGCAGUCCUUCCAUGAUGUCUCUUGUUUGCGCUUUGUCAGAAGAACAAGCCAGAGAGACUACCUGAACAUCCGGUCCCUUAGUGGGUGCUACUCCUACAUUGGCCGUCUUGGCAACGGGCAGAAUCUGUCUCUGCAGCGUUCAGGCUGCGUUUACCACCACACCGUCCAGCAUGAGGUGCUCCACGCACUGGGCUUCCACCAUGAGCAGAAACGCUCUGACCGCGACCAGUACAUCCGCACUGUGCUGGAGAACGUCAUCCCUGGACAGGAGCACAACUUUGACAAAGUCAUUACUCUGAACCAGGGAACCACCUACGACUACGGCUCUGUUAUGCAUUACCACAAGUAUGCUUUCUCUAAGAACAACCAGCCCACCUUGGUGGCCAUCCCUGACCCCAAUGUUGAGUUUGGCAUGGCCUCCGAGAUGAGCCAGAAGGACAUCAUCAGGCUCAACAGGCUGUACUGCUGAACAGUCUUAGGUGAAUGAGAUGAUGCACGACUUCAGGAAGAGAACCAUCAUUAUCAUCAUCACUGUCUUCAUUUAUUGCACUCUGAGUCAACAAUAAAUUCGAAAUACUUUAAUCAACAUCAGUAAAUUUGCAUUUAAACAUA